CUUCAGCCGCCGAGCGGCGUUAGCGCCGUUGGCGCGCGAAACUGUGCGCGCGCGGCGGUUCACAGGAGGAAGCUGCAGAGAAUCAGACUCAGUGCAGUUAAUUACGGGUCAAAGCGGAACUAGCGUCCCGCCGCGUCACAGAGCCAAAACAUGCGAAGGUGUUCGGUGGAACUACCGGACAACCGGGGGGUUCACGAAUGAAAUACACAGAAGAACGUAGCUAAAGUUACGUUUAGUUUGUGAUUCUGUUCUGAGAUGGCUUCAUUAGCGUUGGUGGUAUAGUGGUUAGCAUAGCUGCCUUCCAAGCAGUUGACCCGGGUUCGAUUCCCGGCCAACGCAGAGCUUCUUUUCCUCCCUGUAGUGCAGAUUCCUUUAUAAAUAAAUCUACUUUGAUUUUUUUAAACCCGUUUAAACUCAUACGACGAAGAAGAACACGGGUCCAAUACCGGCCAUCAUCGCACAGCGGAGCCAAACUUGGGCGGUGACGUCAGUGAGAAGUUCUGGCAUAUUAAAAGGCCUCAGCGAUGGGACGCUACUUUCACAGUGAAGUCCACAUCCUCAGUCCAUGGGACCAGGUGGUAGCCGCCUUCUGGCAGCGAUAUCCGAAUCCGUACAGCACGCAUGUUCUGACUGAGGACGUCCUGUACCGGGAGCUCACCCCCAACAACCACCUGUUGUCACGGCGACUGCUGACCAAAACCAACCGGCUGCCGGGCUGGGCGGAGCGGGUCUUCCCCGCCCACGUGGCGCGCGCGGUCUACGUGCUGGAGGACUCCAUCGUGGACCCACAAACCCACACGUUCACCACCAAGACCUGGAACCUGAACCACAACAAGCUGAUGGUGGUGGUGGAGACGUGUCUGUUUGAGGAGGAUCACAGUCGGCCAUCUUGGACCAAACUAAAGAGAGAAGCCUGGAUCUCCUCUGCUGUUUACGGCCUGGGCCGACCCAUUCAGGAGUUUGGUCUGGCCCGGUUCAGAAGUAACCAGGCCGAAGCCUUGAGGGGCCUGGAGCUGGCGCUGCUCAGGAUGCAGACUGAAGCCCCUCCCAAUCACCAUGGUAACCAGGACGAGUCAUCAGAGAAGCACAAGCCCAUCCCAACAAAAGCCACGCCCACACCAAAACCCCACCCAUUUAUCUAAGCCUGAGGGGCGGGGCUUCAACUCAGGCUUUACUGUGAUUGGUUGGCCGUUUUCUUAUAUGGACUGUUCCUGAUCACGUUUAUUUAUUCCUAAUUUCAUAUUUGUAAAUCUGCAAAGCACAGAAAAAUCACAGAUGUAAGAAUUUUGGGGAAUAUUUUUUCCAGAUGGAGCUUCGUUAAGGAAGAUUCUGUUUUUUAUUCUGGAUUUAACUUAAAUAAAUGCAACUUUGUGUGUUUUUGUUUAGCUAAUGAACAGGGACUGUUUUGUGCUGUAAAUAAAGUGAUGUCAUGACUGUCGAAACCUCCUGUUGCCAUGGUUACGCCUCCGUUUCUGCUGGCAGGUGAGAUGAGUCAGAACGUCUGGAUGGGAGCCGUGAAGUAAAAGGCUAUAAUGAAAUUCACUCUUAUUUUAUUCUGAAACUUUUCUGACCUUUCAAAGUAAAACAGCAGCUUCUUCCAGAGAUAAUAGACAAACGAGUGAAGGCAGACCUGGAUAAAUUCACAAACGACUGAAAACAAAAAUACAAAAAUAAAAGCUUAUGACCACAGA